GUCACGUGAGGAACAUAUAAAAAACAGGAACGAGCUAAUCGAUAACAGAGAGUUGAAACGUUGUGGAAAACGAAAACGUCAUAUGAUCACUGGUGCAAAAGUUUAGGCUGCAAAAUGGCACGGACGAUUUUUCUCCUAUUUUCGCUGUUUGUUGCAGCUAAUUGUGAUCAGCUGUCCAUAGUAUAUGCACCCAAGGCACUGGAAUUCCACGGCCAUACCCGAUUGAAUGCUGAAUCUGUGUCGGAUGUUUUCGGUGCUGCCCUCGGAUACUCCGUGUCUCACUCGACCGAAUGGGACGGGUUAGUUGUGAAGGAUCCCUUCAACAUGGCCAAUGGAGCCGUUGUGGUGGUUGCCGAAGGAUUGGACUCGAUCACGUUGGAUGGAGCACAAACAUACGAAUUGUACGGUGGAUCGGGAUCUGAUUCGAUUGGAGAAAUUGUACAAAAGUCAGCUGACCACAAUGGAGUUAGCUUUGAAAUUGAUCUGAAGGAAUCGUCCGACAGCUUCUCCACCCCUCUGGGAACCGUACAACCGGACGAUGACGACGUUAAGGUCCAAUACCUGAAACCAAAAUCGAAUAAGGCCGACUCGGAUUUCAUGCGCCAGAUUGCGUUCAUCAACGGAUUAAGUGACUUGCUGGUAACAUCAACCGACGAGAAAAUCCCAACCAUUCAUAUCGUUCGCAUUUCGCUGGAAGCUCUUCUGGCCGCCCAUGAACCUUCGUCGCAUGUGGUUACUGAAGCCAAAAAGCUCCUGAGCAACGCUAUGGAGGGACUGCAAACCGCAGCGGAAAAGGCAUUCGACGGAGCCGUUGUAGUUGGACUGAUUGCCUCCACUGAGGCACCGCUGGUACGGUCCAAGCGACAGGCCGUGGAAGAAACAGACGACAAUCCUUUGAACAUUGCCCAGAAGUACGACAGCAACUACCCAGUGAUCUUCAACAUCAUGCUGUGGUUCAGCGUAAUCCUAGUAUUCUCGCUGCUGGCCAUCUCGAUUGCCAUCGCCACCAUGGACCCAGGCAGGGACUCCAUCAUCUACAGAAUGACAUCCACCAGAAUGAAGAAGGACAACUAAAUGUCAACUCAUUAUAUAGUUUGCCUCAGCUCCAAAAACUCUUAGCUGAACUAUUGUCAUUGUCCAUUCAGUCACACCCAAAAAAGUAUUAAAUUUAAUUCAACAUCCAUCAAACAGCGCACAGCAUCCUUUUUCUUCUGUUUCGUUGUAGUGAAAGCAGAAUCAAUGAAAAACAUCUGAAGGCAAAUAGAAAGGAAAUAAGAGUUUGCAAUUGAAAACUGCUAAUAUGAUCUAACACUAGCAUGUUGAGUACAAUUUGUAGGAAGAGACGCAAUGUGUCGCAAAUCUAAUCAGAAAAAAUAGCGCCCAAAUCCACUCACGUCCUUCGGAUGAACGAGGUGAACGCUAUUUUUGUUGAAUAUAAUUAGGGCACAGCGCGUUUACAUUAAAUUGAAGGUGUUAUAAGUUUACACAUAAAAUUAUAUGUUUCCGUUGUUGUUAUAGUUUUGACUCUUAAUUUAAUGAAAACGACUUAAAAUAAAGGGAAACAUUCCAUCACCAAGUGGGAAAAA